CUGCGCGUGUGCAACGGAGAGCCAGACGAGUAUUAAAUAGAUUGCUUAUUGUACCUAAGCCUUUGGACGCGGUCUGUAAUGUGCGGAAAUGAUCAGUGAAACUAGACCUUGCGUCAUACUAUGAUAUGCAAACAUACAUUGCUGAAGCACGCGCAUAUAUUCCCUAUAUAUAUUUUUUUGUUUUGUUUGUUAUUUUUCCCAACAGCCCUGCAUUGUGAUUUGCGAGUGCAUUUGGUAGUAUGUAAGAUAAUCUGUAGGCAUGGCGAUGCCACGGGGAGGGUCACCCGAGUACACGUGGCCGGGAACACGCCUCCCAGAUACCCAGAUACCCGAGCCGGCCAUUGUCUCCCAGCGGUAUCUGAGUGUGCGGCCCGAUAACCCUUCCGCCCGCGGGUAGGCCUGGCUAAUUUGCCUCUCGCGCGGAAGGAGACCUGGGCCUCAUGUGCGUGGGAUCCUGGGUGGACAUAUAUGCAAAUGUACAUGUGGGUACAAAUGAAUAAACACACACACACACACACACACACACACACACACACACACACACACACACACACACACACACACACACACAUACAAUCACACACACGCGCGCGCGCGCGCGCGCAGAGCCCAUACAGACAGAUAAGGCGGGGGGCCGCCUGACCUGGUGCUUCUGCCACAUGACAGGCCAUGGCAGUCAGCAGGCAGGCACGGCGCCCUCCACAUCCACGACGGGCGCGCGCGAUCCCAUGCAGCGUUAACGGGAGGAAUCCAGCGGGAAAAUAAUGAUACGGUUCCCCGCGAGCCAGUCGAACGCUCCUGCGCCUCCGGAUCGCGAGCUCGAGUAAGCGCACAUCACUCGGGCGGCGCCUCGCAAGACCUGCAUCGCCGACGGACCAAGGCCUCGCGCCCAAACCCCGAGACGCGGCUCCCGAGGGCGUUCCCCCAUGGCUGCUCGGAGGCCCUCCCGUGCCGCCAGCACGCUCCUGCUGGCGUGGCUGCUGGCAUGCGCGACCGGAGGGGCGGCUACAGCCGCGCAGGACCUGGCCACUCUCCGCCAGGUGGCCGCCUCGCUGGACCACGCCGACGCCGCCCUGGCCAACCUGACGGACCUCCUGAGCGAUGUCUUCUUUCCCAACGCCUCGUCUACCACCUUCUUGUCUACCGCUUCUUGGCCUUCUUCCACCCCGCCUGCACCCACGUCGCCUGGUCCCUCCGGGUCCCCUUCCACCUCCGCCUCCCCCACGUCGCCUGGUCCCUCCGGGUCCCCUUCCACCUCCGCCUCCCCCACGUCGCCUGGUCCCUCCGGGUCCCCUUCCACCUCCGCCUCCCCCACGUCGCCUGGUCCCUCCGGGUCCCCUUCCACCUCCGCCUCCUCCACUCUCCUGCCGCCAACGGGAACGACGGGGUCUGAGUCGCCUGCUACAACAGGGCCUACAGCUCCACCGUCUGCAACAACCACACCUUCCACGGCCACAAGCAGAACAACCACGAUUCAGACAACAGACACCACAACUCCCACAACCGCAACAAAUACCACAACCACAAUUCAUUCAAUAACCACAACUACAACUCCCAAAACUACUGCAAAUACAACCUCAGCUCCCACAACCACAGCGAAUACCACAGCUCCUGCAGAAACCACGACUACAACCACAACUCCCGAAAUCACAACCACAACUCCCAAAAUCACAACCACAACAACCACAACUCCCGAAAUCACAACCACAACAUCUCCCGAAGUCACAACCACAACUCCAGAAAUCACAACCACAACUCCAGAAAUCACAACCACAACUCCCGAAAUCACAACCACAACUCCAGAAAUCACAACCACAAUUCCCGAAAUCACAACCACAACUCCAGAAAGCACAACCACAUCUCCCGAAAUCACAACCACAACUCCCGAAAUCACAACCACAACUCCCGAAACUACAACCACAACUCCCGAAAUCACAACCACAACUCCCGAAAUCACAACCACAACUCCCGCAAUCACAGUCACAGCUCCUGCAAUCACAGCCACAACUCCCGAAAUCACAACCCUCCCAACCACAACUCCUGAAAUUACAACCACAACUCCCAAAAUCUCAUCCACAACUCCCGAAAUCACAGCCCCCACAACCACAACUCCUGAAAUCACAACCAAAACAACCACAACUCCAGAAAUCACAACCACAUCUCCCGAAAUCACAACCACAACUCCAGAAAUCACAACCACAACUCCAGAAAUCACAACCACAACAUCCGCAACAACUCCCGAAAUCACAACCACAACUCCAGAAAUCGCAACCACAACAACCACAACUCCAGAAAUCACAACCACAACUCCAGAAAUCACAACCACAACAUCCGCAACAACUCCCGAAAUCGCAACCCCCCCAACCACAACUCCCGAAGUCACAACCCCCCCAACCACAACUCCCGAAAUAAGCACAGCUCCCGGAACCUCGACAACCCCGAAGGCGACGCCGGCGGCGGAGAGGAGCAAGCCGGGGCGCCGCGCGCGGUCCCUCGUCCUCGCGGCGUCCCUCGCGGGACCCGAGGGAGGAGACGAAGAAGGAAGCGCAGGAGGAGCAGCAGCUGGCGAGCGGACGGGAGGAGGCGAGGCCGCAGGGCGCGCGGAGGGCGGGCGGGCAGAGCAUGGCCUGCUGCAGGAGGCCUCGUGGUGGGGGCGCGUGAACCGCACAGCCGCCAGGAUCCGGGUGCUGACGCAGGAGAUCGCGGGCGGCGCGGCGGACGCCACGCACGCGAGCCAGCUGGACGGCCAGGCCACGCGGCUCGACCAGCUGGUGGGCGAAGGGCGCGACGACCCGCAGCUGGUGCUCGAGGCCAGCGAGGAGGAGGUCGUCGAGCUGAUGAAGGGCCUCGAGGAGGUCUCGGACGAGGUGGCGGCCGCCAGCGACGCCGUCCGACAGGCGAUCGACAGGGCGCAGAAGAGUCAGACGACCCUGAUUGCGGUUCUGGCGGGGCUGAGCGCCGUCCUCGCGCUGGUCGUGGGGGCCAUGAUCCUCGCCCGCGCUCGGCCAUGGAGGAGGGCCAAGACGCUGCUCAUCAGCGGCAACAGGGGGCGGCGCGGCGAGGCGAGCCACGUGUACCUGGACGACGGGAACGCCGGCGUCAUGAACAUGUCCUUCACCGCCUUUCCCGAGGUGGACGUGAACGGCGCCGAGAUCAGGAACGGCACGAGCGACGGAGUCCCACUCUCCACCUUCACACUCAGUCAGGCGUGAAGAGAGAGAGAGAGAGAGGGAGAGAGAGAGAGAGAGAGAGAGAGAGAGAGAGAGAGAGAGAGAGAGAGAGAGAGAGAGAGAGAGAGAGAGAGAAUUAGAAAGAGAGAGAGGUCUCAUAAUUUACUUAUUACUUGCGUAUUUUUUGUCUUUCAAAAACGCAAGACCCAAGGCUGCAUGAAAGUUUCAUUAAGUUUCAUGGAAUUGUUAAUUAAAAAUAAAUCGAACUAUGAA